UCCAAAAGCUCCGAUCUCCACAGUAUGACGACAACUGAAUUUGGUUAAUUCUCCACCACUUCUAAGUCUAAGGUGUCUCAUUAACCAAUUCGACUACAUCAUGUCGUUCAGUAACCCUUUGGCUUUCAAUUUGUCUAAAUCGAGUCCUACAACCUCAACUACAAAUGCUUCAAUUCCUUCCACAGCAAACACCACCACUGAUAGUGUCUCGGGCUCCGUGAACCAAUCCUCGCCCAAAUCACCAUUUCUCCUGAACAUACUUGCUAAAAAAGGUAGCCCUGCCGACUUGUCUCACUCAUUUGAUGGUGGGUCAAGCGGUGCUGCUCCUACAGUAUUGACCGUAGGAAACGAAGGGUCAACAAAAUCAGCCACAAAGGAUAACAAUAGUAAAUCGGAACUAAUUGAUUUAUUUGAAAGGUUUGAUGUAAGUGGGAAGCCCCAGAACCACGAUGAGGAGUCACUUAUUGAGGACAGCAGUGUGGAAGGAGAAAAGAAAGAAGAGCCUGAAGAUCAAGCAAUUGUCAAACUGAGUGGCGAUAUGGAAGAGAAGUACACUGGCAGUUUGGUUAGACCCAAUAAACCUGUGAAAAAUGAUAAUGAUAGCACCUCCGAGGUUCCCGGUGAACUCAAAUCGGGAAAUAGCGAAAAGACUCAGAGGGUCAACGAGCAACUUGCCGAGCCUGAAGCCAAAGAUACCAUAGACAUUCAAAAUUUGCAGGCAGAGAAGAAAAUCAUUACAGGGCAUUCCAGUGCUAACGAUUUCAAGACUGAAAAGGAUGGAGGUAAUAAAUCUGAAGAUCCUCGAGACAGUAAAGUAGAAGAGGAAGACAAACAUCUCAAUAUUGUUCAACCCACUGCCUUAGGAUCGGAGGAUGCAGAAUCUGAACAAUCAAAAACAAAUAUUCCACAAGAAACCCGCUCCAUAGAUAUACCGAAAACUACAUCAAGAGAUACACAAGGCAACAAUUCAUCCUUCAAUCAUGGUGAUUACACUGAGAAGGAUAUUUCUUCCAAAGAUAUUUCUGAUAUUUCAAGCUCCCCAUUUGAGACUGGUAUUGAAGAUUACGAGGCUAAUGUUUCCUCGGCUGGAGAAGCACAAGAAGUAGUGAGUGGAUCAAAUGACGAGACGGCUACUAGCUCGGAGGAGCAAUAUCAACAAUCACAUAAACCAUUUGACUUCCAGACAUUUUUGGCUCAGUUGAAACAUAAGAGUGCUGACCCGGUGGUCAGGUAUAUCAGAUCUUUUUUAGUAUCGUUUACUAGACAAGGACAUACCUUCUCGUGGGAGCAAAGAGUAAAAAUUGUCAGAGAAUUCAAGCAGUUCAUGAGUGAAAAAUUCAACAUAUACGAACCAUUCAAGUCGAUGGACGAUAUUGAUUUGGAAAAUUCUCGAGAAGGGUUGGAGAAGCUUAUUAUGAACAGAAUUUAUGAUCAUUGUUUUCCACCUGAAGCUAGGAAACAAUUUCCCACUCAAUUACCUAAAUCUUUUUGGCAGGAUAUAGAGGAUGACGAAGCUUUAUCGUUGCAACUUGAAAAAUUCAGCUGGGUUAAUGGCUCACAUUUAGAUAUUGAUUUAGAUGAUCUAUCCAAGCAGAAGAAAGGAAACCCUAACUUCAUGGAUUAUGCUGUUACUGAGCUAAGCAAGAUUAAUAGUUACAGAGCUCCUCGGGACAAAAUUAUUUGCCUUUUGAAUGCUUGCAAAAUCAUCUUCAGCUUUCUCAAAGUUAGCAACCAGGAAACUAAUGCUGAUUCCUUUGUUCCACUCCUCAUUCUUGUCUUAAUCAAAGCGAAAACAGAGAACUUGAUCAGUAAUGUCCAUUAUAUUGAGAACUUUAGAGGUGAGGAAUGGUUAUUACAUGGAGAAACCAGUUACUAUUUAUCUACCUUGCAAGGAGCUAUUGGUUUUAUUCAAAACCUCGGAAUCAAAGAACUCACUAUUGAUGAAGCUGAAUUUAACGCUCAUAUGGAAGCUUGGGAAGCCCAACAAAAUCAAAAAACUAAAUUUGCAUUAGCUCAACCACAGCCUCAACAUGUGCAGUCAGCACUUUCAGAUGAUCUUCAGUCAUCUAGAAAUCCACAACAAAGUCUUUCACCAUCAAAUGUCUUGAUGACCAGUGCCGAGUUGUUCACCAAGUCAAUUUCUAGUUUUCUUUCUCCUUCACCACAAGAAGGCGUGAGAGGCAGUGAGUCUGAAUUUCAAAGGCCAAGUGGAGCACCACCAACUAGCGCUGAGAACGUCCCCACUACGGAGGAAACUGAGCAGAUGAAGCAGACCUACACUAGUUUAAAGGAAAUGUUUCCUAAUUUGGACAAGGCAGUCCUCAAAGAUAUCAUUUUUAUGAACAAAGGAAAGAUAGAGGAAUCACUCGAUGCGUGUUUGCAACUAGUAAAUGACGUAUAAAUCUACCACGAUGUUCGCUCCCUAGAAGUUGAUUAAUUUUAUAGACGAUAACAAGAAUCAAUGAAACAUAAUUGUACUAGUGAAAGAAAAUAUUUUGAG